AUGACGGUAAACUUAGACCCAGAUAGAGUUUGGAUAGACGGCUGCUUUGAUUUCACACAUCAUGGGCAUGCGGGAGCUAUCUUGCAGGCACGUCGAACAGUUUCGAGAGAAAAUGGUAAACUUUACUGUGGUGUGCAUAACGAUGAAGAUAUUCAACAUAACAAAGGAUCACCGGUGAUGAAUUCUUUAGAAAGAUACGAGCAUACUAGAUCAAAUAGGUGGUGUUCGGAGGUGGUUGAAGCUGCGCCAUACGUCACAGAUCCCAAUUGGAUGGAUAGGUAUCAGUGCCAAUAUGUUGUUCAUGGUGAUGACAUCACCUUAGAUGCCAAUGGGGAGGACUGCUACAAACUAGUGAAGGAGAUGGGGCGGUUUAAGGUGGUUAAAAGAACGUAUGGUGUGAGUACCACCGAGAUUAUACAUAGAAUAUUGACGAAAAAAUCUUUGCCACCGACUCAUCCCGAUUAUUAUCCUAGCAUCCAGGAAUUGAGUUUCUAUUCGGUCGCUAGAGAUGCGGUUUCAAAGCACUGUUAUGUCUUCCAGAGGGAUUUGGGCAAUGUCUUGGUCAAUGGUGGAUACGACUUUAAUGUAGAAGAUUGUGUUUAUGUUGAUGGAGAUUUUGACUUAUUCCACAUGGGGGAUAUUGAUCAGCUGAGAAGGUUGAAAAUGGAUCUCCACCCUGGUAAGAGAUUAAUUGUUGGCGUUACCACGAGCGAUUACUCAAGUACCAUUAUGACAAUGAAGGAACGUGUCCUGAGCGUUUUAAGUUGCAGAUAUGUUGAUGCCGUUAUCAUCGAUGCCGACAAUACUUCAUUAUCUCAAUAUAACUGCGAGAAAUAUCGUAUUGGCACGGCUGUUCUCAAAGCCGCCGGAAAGUUUAGCGAAUACUUAACUAAGGAGCUCAUUAUUAAAAGGGUUGAAUCUCAAAGGGAGGUAUACAUUGCGAGGAACCAAAAGAAAGGAAUGUCCAUCUAA